UCGAUUGCACUAUUAAAAGCAUCCGUGCUGAUGCUGUUGCUGAUGCCCAUGCCGAUGACCAAUGGCAGUUGCCGGCGGCCAGUUGCAGCGUCAACGCUUCUGUCAGUGCCAGCAGCCCAGCGAUUUGCAUAUUCGUUUGUUCCUGGAAACUAUGAUAUUUUUACCGCUUGCAGUUGCAAUAUAACGACUGUUCAUGUCCCGACUCCGCAGCCACACCAAUUCGUUUGGAGAUCCGUUCAUGGGUAAUACUGGCCGUUGGCAACCAGUAACUAAAAGCCGCCACAAAUGCUUGCAUAAAGCUAUUGAUUGGAGGUUGAAAGAUUCGCCACAUAAUCGUGUAUUUGGGUGGGUGUGUGUGCACGCACCGGUUAUAAUUGCAUGCAUGCACACCUGCUGUCCGCCAGUACACCACAUGCAGUCGCCCGGCUUACAUUUACGAUGCCCAGGAGACAAGAUUUUAAUAGCACCCCCCGCAUUGUUUCGAUUGCGGGCGGAAGGAAGCGUCGGCAUAGGUGUGAAGUGACUACUACAAUGGCCAAUAUACACAACCUAACUGAGAGCUUGCAUGCGAAUGGCUAUCGAUAAAAUACGCGGCGUUCUUGUG